UCUCGAGCGUUACCUGGGAUGCCCCCAGCCUCUCCAAAUAUGUUUCCCUGCACUUGCAACAAAACGAGAGGAUUCAACACAGAAAACUUGCAAUUUUCCAAGUCCGGCGGCGAGGGAUCAUCAUGGAUGACGUGGGGCUAAGAAAAAAAAAAGAAAAAGGAGAGGAGAGGAGAAAGAAACGUAAAGAAGAGAAAAAGGAAGGAAAAAGGGAAGAAAGGAAGGAAAAAGAAAAGGAAUACGAGGGCACCGCCAUAGCAACAGCCAAAACCAUACCUCGUUUGCGACCUGUCCCCUUUGUGCCCGAGCCGGUCGAAUCGGUGCUCAUGAGCCUCAUCUCCGGUGAGCGUAUCGGGCGGGAUCAAUGGGUACCUAGGGGAGAGGAGCCGCAGUUGGGUGUCUCGGAUUCUUCGGAUGCUCGAAUUCGGAGGAAUGUUGACGCGUUUCCAGGAAGAAUGAGAUGUCGAUGAGGCGAUGUGAGUCCGAGAGUGAAACCGCGACGAGAAAG